GAUUUUCCACACUCGUGGACGGGGAGACGGCGGUGCAAACCAACGAAUACACACACACACACACUAACACUUUUACGCGAAAGUACGCAACACACCACUGCAACAUCAUUCCUCCCAACUUUAUAGCGUUAGUGCGUCCACAUUAUUUCUAUAUUAUACAUUAUACCACCACUGCCUCCGCUGCAAUAUCCGGCGUUGGCGCGGUGAUCGUUGAACGGGAUCCACACCGGUCCGCUGCAGAUUUGACGCCGCUCGUACUGAACAUGUUGCUGCUGUUGCGGUGAACAGGAGAAUAAUCGAAUACCCGCAGUGUAUAGCGGUGAGUGGGUCCGACUGGGAGACCGCGAUAUCGGGUAAAUGGCGCCCAGGGACAACCAGGAGCUGGUGCCGCUUACCGACGGCAGCGGCCGCCCGAACGACGACGAUGAAUUGGAAAGCCAGCGACCGCAGAAGAGAUCAACCGCCACGUGUCUAGAUGAAAACGGCAGUGGCGGUGGCAGCAAGGGGCCGAUAAACAGAACGCCGAUAAACGACAUGAAGACGUCCAUGCUCGCCUGUCAGCAGGUCAUCGGACUCGGCACGCUCUGGAGAUUUCCCUACGUGUGCCUUAAGUACGGCGGUGGUACUUUUUUAAUACCAUAUAUGGUUAUUAUGUGCUUAGUGGGUUAUCCAUUACUUAUCAUGGAAAUCGGAAUCGGUCAAAAAUUGAGACACAAUAGCAUGACGAUAUGGACAACAAUUAAUCCUCAACUAGGAGGUAUUGGCAUGGUUAUGUGCUUAGUUAAUAUCGCUAUGUAUUGUUAUUAUGGAACUAUCAUAACUUGGGGAACUAAAUAUAUGCUUGACAUGAAUAAGUUUCCAGAAUUGUGGCCACCACACGGGCAACCAUCUAUUGAUCCCAAAAGAUCUCAGUCAUUCUGGCACAAAACUGUAUUAAACGUAACAAGUUCUAUGGAUGAAACUAGUGAGAUACAAACGGUUCAAGCAUUUUCAUUGUUUUUCACAUGGUUAUCUAUAGCUAUAAUGCUGGGAGCAGCAUGGAUUACACUUAAAAACAAGUAUUUACAAGCAUUCAUUAAUUUUUUUAAUUCAAUGUUUCAAAGUUUACCGUUUUAUAUUCAAAUUAUGACAUGUGUAAUCCCGCCAAUUUUGUUAGUUGUUAUAUACAUUGUAGAAUCAGGUUAUGGAUAUAUCAGCUUCUUGUAUAUUACGUCUGUAGAGUUAAAAGAUUUGUUGGUUUUUCCAAUCUGGGUUGAUGCAGUUAUCCAAGUAUUUUGUUCCUUGGGAUUAGUACAUGGUCCAUGGACGUCUUUCGGUUCGUCUUCUAAACGUAAAAGCAAUUUUCUAUUGACUGCUACUGUGGUGGUAUCUUUCAGUUUCAUUUUAGUAUUUGUGUGGACUUGGUUUAUAGUUUCCACUAUAAUACCAAAUGUAUUACAAGACAUUAAAAAUUGCGUAAUCGGAUCAGCUUAUAAGUGGGAUAAUUCUAAAGACAUGCCUGCACACGUGUUUUAUAGCAACAAUUAUGAUGCAUUAAUUGCUAGUCGAAAAUUAGACGACACAUUGAUGAGUUUUGAUGUACAAGAAUGUAAUAUGGAAAAUCAAUUCAAAUUGGCAAGUAAUGGUAUUGGCCUAAUUUUUAUAGCUCUCGGGGAGUUUACCACAACUUUUUCGUUUGAAAAAAUUACUGGCUAUAAUCAAACCAAAUUGGUCAUUAACAUUCCACAAAUAUUAAUUCUUACAAUUGGUACAGCAUGGUUGAUACGUUUAUUGAGCUGGUUUGUCUGGGCACUAGCCGAAGUUAAAUGUUUAAACAAAUUGUCUAAAUUUUGUAUUUCAAGCAUACUUUGUACAAUAUGUUGUCUCUGUGGAUUGGUAUUUACAACUAGAACGGGUGUAUAUUGGCUGUCAUUAUACAAUGAAGUUUUUAUCAACCCGUGUUUGACGGUGUUAGCUCUUUGUGAGGUUCUAAUUAUUGUAUUCAUUUAUGGAUAUAAACAAUUCUUACUUGAUAUAUAUGAUAUGACUGGACAUACAAUUGGUCGUCUAUCUAUAUUCAUCUGGAGACAUAUAACUCCAAUGUUGCUAAUAUUAACAUUUUCAUCUAUCUUGACGGUUGGUAUUUUAGAUGGAUUCAGGUAUGAAGUUUGGACACAUAGGAGUAAUUUCUUAACGAAGAUGAGGUAUCCAUACUGGGCUCAACUUAUAAUUUGGGCGAUUACAGCUAUAUGUCUUUUAUUAAUAUUAGCAUUCUGCAUGGUGGAUAGUCGACAAAACCUAACUUUCAAAUUUUUAGAAUCCCUAAAUAAAGCGAAAAAAACUACUAGUGGACAUAUUAAGCGAUCAGACUCGGGAUUGUCUGGAAAAGGAAUUGUCACAGAAAUCGAUUUUGAUGAUUAUCAUGAUUCAGAAAAUGACGAGGAGCUAGAUACUUCAAUAGCCCAAGCACCAGUACGUAUGUAUAAAAUUGAGGUUCUCGACUCUUGGAAAUCUGCAAGAGGUCAAGUUUACCUUUAAUACGGGACUUAAUACACGUCAUGAAGUUAUACUUAUGUUAUGCUAUUUUAUAACUUAUGUGUAUAGUAAACAUUUAUAAUACUAUGGUUAUAUUAUGUAUCGAUGUGAUUUAAACUAUACAUUGAUAUAAAUAGCUAUAAAUCUAAUUUCAAAUAAUAUGUAUUUCACUUUCACAAAGUUAUACCUACAUAGUAUCUAGUUGAUACUAAUUACCUAUAUACAUUUAGUGAAUUCAAUAUUAAUAUCAUUUGUUUUCCAAAAUUUAUUAAAGAGCUAUUCAUGGCUUACCUUGAUGUAAUAUAUAAAUUAUAUAAAUAACAGUACGUAGAAUUUCUAUUAACACAGUAGGAUAAAGGCCAAAUUGUUUAGAUCAAAUCAUUUAAGCAGUAGUUCUAUGAAAAUAAUAUUUGUGACUGACUACAUUUUUGUAUGUACUUACAUUUUUGAAAAAAGUAUUAAUAUUACAUAACAUAACAUAACAUAAUCGAAGUACCUGUGACCUGCCAACUAUUAGCAAAAAUAGCCCAAUGAUUUAUUUAGAAGCAUACCUAUUUAAUGUAUUGCUCACUUAAAUCUGCUAAUAACUGUUAUAUAUAUAUAUAUAAUAUGCUCUAAUAUAAUGACUUAAAAAUGAGUAAAAUCAUAUACGUGUUGUGAGUAGAAAAUUUUUAAAAGAAAUGUAGGUAAUAUGGAUUAAAACUAAAUAUAAUUAUAAAAACAUGAAAGUUAUAUGCAUUAUACAUUAUACUACAUAAUAUAACAUAAUAUGUUAUACGUAUUUACUAGAAGUUCCAUAUUUUCUAGAACAAUUUAUUUUGUAUACGAUUUAAAAGAUUGUUAUUAAAAAUAGGAAAUUUUCAUGUACCUACAUUUUAAGAUUUAAUUUAAUUAUGCAAUGAUCACAUUAUAAAAUAUAAUAGUAAUUAUACUGAUCACAGACUUAAAUUGUGCAUGAAAUGUUUAAAUUUUUAAAACCACACCGAAGUCACCAAUUUUCGUUGUCGAAAUAAAAAUAGUAAUAUAAUAUACUAGCUGUUCGAGCACUUCGUUGUCCGUCAAAAAUGCAUCCAUGUUAAAUCUGUUGUUUAAUGCUAACGUUUAGCGUAACGCGUAUAUAUUCAAGUGGAAACUUCAAACCAUCACGAUGAAAGAACAAAUUAAUCAUUAGAUAUUUAUCUAUUGAUGAUCACGAAAUCGCGACGCAUUCAGUAAUCAUAUUUUUUUUUGUAAUUGAAUGCCAAUUUUUCGAGAUCGAUUUUAGUUCUUGAUCAGCACUGCGUAAGCGUUCAACUUCACGCUGAGUGUCAGCUCUUCGGAUGUUUCAACAGUUUUUGAAGUAGAAUCUCUUAUCCGGUUAGUUUCCCUGAUUGCGUCUCGUUCUAAAGAUGUUUCAUAAGAUCUAAUGGCUGACAGUAGCCGUGCAUGUAUAAGCUAAUCUACCAAUGUUCGAUUUUUUUCUGUGGGGGGGGGGG